AUGCAAGAGCUGUGGCGCAAGAAGCAGUCGGAUGCCAUGCGCACACUGCUUCGUAUUAGGACCUGGGAGUACAGGCAGCUUACCGCCGUGCACCGCGUAUCCAGGCCCACCCGUCCCGACAAGGCGCGCCGCCUGGGAUACAAGGCCAAGCAGGGUUUUGUCAUCUACCGCGUCCGCAUCAAGAGGGGUGACCGCAAGAGGAAUGUGCAGAAUGGAAUCGUAUACGGAAAGCCCAAGCACCAGGGUAUCCGCAAGCAGAAGUCCAAGCGCAACCUCAGGAGCUUGGCUGAAGAGCGUGUAGGCAGGAGGUGCGGCGGUCUCAGGGUACUCAACUCCUACUGGGUGGGACAGGACGCUGUCCACAAGUUCUACGAGGUCAUCCUUGUCGACCCCUUCCACAACGCUAUUCGCAACGACCCCAGGAUGCAGUACAUCUGCAAGCCAGUACACAAGCACCGCGAGAUGCGCGGCCUCACAUCCGCUGGACGCAAGGCACGUGGUCUGCGCGUAAAGGGACCGAAGGCGGCCAAGCUCAGACCGUCGAUCCGUGCCAACUGGCGCAGAAGGCAAAUUCAGCACUUGUGGCGUAUGAGGUAA